ACUUUGCAGAAUCUUUGCAACACAGAUAGAGUAGAGCCUUUUAAGUAGCAAUGUAAACUGUGGUCAACAAUGUAAACAUUGUUAUGUAAUCAUCAUUUAAUGCAGAUUUGAAAAGUCUCAGUAUUAUAGCUAUGGCCUAUUCAUGUGAAGAGAAGAGAUCUAAGUCAUACUCCUCAGAUUUAAGAUGGAGAAUGAUCUACCAAGUAGAAGUAGUUGGUCUGCCCAAUAGAAAGGUAGCUGCUAAUCUCCUUGUGGAUCCAUCUACAGUGCAUAGAACAGUGUGUCUAUUCAGAGCUACUGGGAACGUUAAACCUAGUCAAUAUCCUCCUAAUCAGGGAACUGCUAAACUCACUGCUAUAGAUAAAGUGAUGAUACUGGAGUUGGUUAUUCAAAAACCUGGAAUCUAUCUAAGGGAAAUACAAGGACAUCUUCUUGAAAGAACGGGGACAGAUGUCAACGUAAGCACCAUAAUGAGGUACAUACAUGCCUCUGGGAUAACAAGACAAAAAAUGGUUCUGAGAGCUAAACAACAAAGUGAGCUGUUGCGUGCACAGUAUUUGAUUGACGUUUCAGUCUAUAAAGGCCACCCGGAGCUUUUCGUCUUUAUAGACGAAACAGGAUCUGAUCGGAGGGAUUGUAUGCGGAAAUUUGGAUACAGCCUAAGAGGAAAGCCUGCUAUUGUUCAAAAAUUGCUUUGGCGUGGACAGCGAGUUUCGGCUAUAUGUGCAAUCUCACUAGAAGGUGUACUGGAUUGCUAUACUACAACCGGCACCGUUAACGCUGAUACAUUCGAGGACUUUAUCACUAACUCUCUAGCUAGCAAAUUACAACCAUUUAAUGGAACGAACUCUAACAGUGUGGUGGUACUGGACAAUUGUAGCAUUCAUCAUGUGGACACAGUUGUACAGGCCAUACGUUCUACUGGAGCUAUAGUACAAUUUCUUCCACCAUAUAGCCCAGACCUAAAUCCAAUAGAAGAAAGCUUCUCCAAAUUGAAAUUGGUACUCAAAGCAAACGAGGAAUCAUUGGACUAUCUUGCCACAGAAACAGUCGUUUUAGCAGCUAUGAACAGCAUAUCUGUACAUGAUUGUUCACAAUGGAUAAGGCAUGCAGGAUAUACGUAAUCAUGAAAAUAUUAAUGUAUAAUGUAUUGUGAUGUCAAAUCAGUGAUGCGAAUCAGUUCAUGAAAGAGAUAAAUAUGUGUUGUCAAGUGUUCUUUUCAGGAUAUACAACUAUCUUGGUAUAAAUGUACAUGUGAAGCAGAUCAAAGAGAUUUAAGUGAUGACAAAAUGUUCUUUUUCUGCUCAGCAAAUUCUUCUUCUGAGAGAACAUGAUCUUCAAACAGCUCUUUGAUACGCUUUAAAUCUUCCAGACAGCUUCUUCUAAGCUGAGCAGUUUUCAUUGGUGAAACAGUUGAGCUGGAAGUUGGUGUCUCAGGAGUUCGAGUAUGUUUCAGUGCACUGGCUAUUGCGUUGGCUGCCCCAGUAAAAGCAUCAGACAUGGUGCUGAUGCUCUCCUUUUUUCCCUUUGUUGGGUUGGGUGAGCCGGUUAUAAGGGGUAUAUUUGGAGGAGCGUCAUAAUCAUCAUGAUGUCCAGAAUGAAUUAAUCGUGCCCAAAGCCGCAGUUUGGGUAUUGCCAUAUCAACAUGCUUUUCCUUCAAGGUUUUCAUGAUGUCAUCUACUUCAUCUUCAACAAGGUCACGUUUGGUUCUUUGCUUCUUUGGUGGUGGUUCACUUUCAUCUAUACUGAUAGGUCUCCCUUCACACCACAAAGUUACACUCUUCUUGUCAAUAUUCUUAUACAUUUCUGACACAUCUCUGUCUUCCAACAGCCAUCGCUUGUUGCUACCUCUGCCAUGAUAGUAGCCUACUUGAAAGCUCAAAUCAUCUGCAACUUCAUUGGGGUAAGACUCAGCAAUCUUAGCCUUGAGGCUUAACACCGAGUUAAACACUUGUUUGACAUCAUGCCAAGUCAAUGUCUUGUAGCUACUUUUCUUCUUUGGGUUGAUAAUUCGAAUUGUG